AUGGCAGCCCCCAAAAACCCCCUCAAGAUCUCCCUAACCCAGCUCCCGAACCCAGCACCGGAAGGAUCACCGGCGUCUAUCCACUCCGCGCUCGCCCGCUCGCACCACACCCUGACGGUCCUUUCCAACAACAAGGCCUUCCUCUUCGGCGGCCUCGACGACAGAGGCAAGCUCUGCCCGCCCGGCAUCCACACCCUGACCCUGCCGACCUCCAAAUCCACCCUUUCCCCCUCCAACGACGACGACGGCACCAGCACCGCAUAUACCUUCUACCCGCCCUACACCCUGCAAGAUGCAUCGACCGGCGAGCUGCUCGUGCCCUCCCCGAGGGCAGACCACGCGGCGUGCGCUCGGGGUGGCGGCCGAUACCUGCUCAUCCACGGCGGGCGGGACGCCGGCGAUCGGUCGGUGGGAGAUGGCGAGGGAAACUGUUUGUGGCAGUGGGAUUGUGAGGAGUUGAGCUGGAGUAAGCUGCGGGGGAAUAUGCAGCUUGGCGCAACGAUGGAGCCACGGUUCGGUCACUGGAUGUUCUGUGAAGAUGGGCAGGGGGACGGGUUUCUGGUCGCUGUGGGCGGUAAGGGCGGCGGCGAGGAGAGGGAGAGGGAGGCCUGGAUGUAUGACUUCCAUGGGAUGGUCUGGACUGCGCUGCCGAGCGUGCCGGGGACACCGUUGGCGGCUGCGUAUGUCGGUGGGAGGGUUUAUGCAGUUUCAAGGGAUGGGGAGGGUGGAAUGGGUGAGGUUAUACAUUUGCUGCAUAUGCGCGGAUCGUCCGAGGAGAGAUCAAAACCGGGCGCAUUGGUGUGGGAGAGCGUGAGCUUCCCGACGAAUUCGCUCGCUCCGGGGCCGACGCCACGGGCCGGUGGGGCGCUGGUGCCGUUGGCGACGGGCCAUGGGCGGGAGUAUCUUGUGUACAUGCUUGGGUGUUCGGAAGGUGAUAGCGAAGGGAAAGGGUACUACUCGGAUAUUUGGACUUUGCAGCUGCCAGCGCAUCGGCACAGUGCUGCUGCGGCAGCGGACAAGAUGAAGGAGAGACUGCCAGGCAUGAACUCAGGGGAGUUCCACUGGGCCGAGGUGGAAAUUGUCCCGACCGAGCAGAUGGCGGAGGAGGGCAAGGUGCACCCCGGACCGAGAUGUUUCUUUGGCGCAGAUUCUUGCUUGGACGGGCAAGGAGUUGUGCUAUGGGGAGGGGUAAAUGGCAAGGGCGAAACUGAGGGGGGUGGAUGGUUGUUGAGGUUGGCUUGGGGUUAUGCAGAUCAUGAUCGAUGGGAAUAG